CUCUGAAGGGAGGAAAGUACUCAUAUCGCAACUGACGCAAGGGCGCUAAAUACGAACUGGAAUGAAAUGUCAUCACAAGUGCAUUACAUCUAACGUUAACGGUAUUAUCGGAAAUGUAACAUCGAGGAUGGCUCCUCGGGUACAGCUAGAGAAAGCCGCUUGGCAGUGGGUUGAGACGGUGAAACCAGAAGAUAUUAAAAACGAACAUAUCGAACAAGCUUAUCGAAUCGCUCUCUCAGCAUGCAAAAGAGGAACAUGCAGGAGGAAUUGCAAGGGGAACCCAAAUUGCUUAAUUGGGAUUGGAGAACAUCUCUGGUUGGGGGACAUUGACGAGAACACCUUCCAUAACAUUGAUGAUCCCAGCUCAGAACGACGAGACAAGAAUACAUUUGUGGGUUUAACAAACCUGGGUGCCACCUGCUACGUUAACACCUUCCUCCAAGUUUGGUUCCACAACUUGGAGCUCCGUCGGACCUUAUAUCUCUGCCAGAAUUCCUGGGUUGAUGGACAGAACAUAGACUCAGAGGAUGAGCCGGAGACAAUAUGUGAACAUCUCCAGUACUUGUUUGCAUUGCUGCAGAACAGCAGCAGAAGAUCCAUCGAUCCAUCGGGGCUUGUGAAAGCUUUAGGACUUAACACGGGACAACAGCAGGAUGCACAAGAAUUCUCCAAGCUAUUCCUCUCCCUCCUGGAAGACAUCCUCUCAAAACAGAAGAACCCAAGCCUCCAGAAUGUCAUUCAGCAGCAGUUCAGUGGAAUGAUUUCCUAUGUCACAGUAUGUGACCAGUGUGGUCGGUCAUCUUCCCUACCCUCCCGAUUCUACGAAUUGGAACUUAAUAUUCAAGGACACAAAAAUCUCACAGAGUGUCUCACAGAGUUCUUAAAGGAGGAGAAGCUUGAUGGAGAUAAUUGCUACUUCUGUGAGAACUGCCAGAGUAAACAGAGUGCUACACGUCACAUUAAACUCCAAAGUUUGCCUCGAACCCUUAACCUACAACUCAUGCGUUUUGUCUUCGACAGGAAAACGGGUCAUAAAAAGAAGCUGAACACCUUCAUUAAUUUCCCAGAGAUCCUGGAUAUGGGACCAUUUCUGGAAAGGAAAGAGGACAAGUGUGUUUUUGAGCUGAGUGCCGUACUUAUCCAUCGAGGCAUCAGUGCAUAUUCAGGUCACUACAUUGCUCAUGUACAAGAUGCUCUCUCCAACGACUGGUACAAGUUCAAUGAUGAGGAGAUUGAGAAAAUGGAGGGCAAGAAACUGCAGCUGGGACUUGAAGAGGACAUUGCGGAAACUGUCAAAAUAUCCCAGACCCGGAAACCCAAAUGUGGCAGAGGAGACCACUGCUCUCGAAAUGCCUACAUGCUAGUAUACAAACGGCAAGCAGAACAAGAGGACAGGAAUGAGACCAUUGUAGAGGUGCCAGGAUUUCUUCAGAAACUUGUCGAAAAGGACAAUCGGAAGUUUGAGGAAUGGUGCAAUGAGAUGGCUGAGAUGAGAAAACAGAGUGUAGACAAGGGCAAAGCCAAACACGAGGAGGUGAAGGAGCUCUACAAGUUGUUGCCUGCAGAAGACGUGGUAAAGGGUUUUGGGUAGGCAAACUGUCUCUACGCAUCUGGAAGCAGCUGGCAUUCGAGCAGAUGGAAGAGGAUGAGGAGCAUACUAAGCAUGGUGACCACAAGACCAAUGGUGAUCGCUCCAACAUCAUUGUGAGCAAAGGUGCAAAGACGACAGACAGAGAAGACAUGGAUACUGAGGGCAUGAAGACCAUCAAUGAAGACAUCCUCUGUCCUCAUGGGGGCCUCAGUAUCCUGGCGAGUGAGAGGAGGCUGGUGUCUGUGGAGGUGUGGGACAAACUGAAGGUGUACUUCCCCAAAGCACCUGAGUUCAUCUAUCAGCAAGAACCCUGUCAGCAUUGUCUGAGGCUGGAGCGGGAGGACAGACAAAAUGAGGAGCUGAACAAAAUGAUGGCCAAUGAGCAGAAGAGUGCUCUACUCAACUUAUUCCAGGAGAAAAAUAGACCAACACUGCAGAAAUGGCCUGAAGACGUGGAUGUUUUAUACAUUGUUCCACCAUUCUUUGUGGAUGAAUGGAGGAAGUUUAUCAGGAGACCUGCCAAAAUCACACCUGUGUCAAGUGUGAGCAAUAGCAUCCUGCUCUGUCCUCAUGGUGGCUUCAUGUUUACCUACGAGUCCUUGCUAAUAGGAGAUGCUGAGCAUAUAGCUCUCCUCUGGCCGAAUGAGUGGGAGGUGAUCAGGACCCAUUUCCUUGUGGACCAGCCUAUUUCUAUAAGCAGGAUAAAGCCAGAACAUGGUAUCAAUGACACGGUUGAAUAUCACACGCGACCAGAUUUGUGUCAGGAGUGCCGAGAAGGCUUCAUGUUCCAACAGCAGAGAGACAUGAGAGAGUACACUCAAGCUACAGUCUAUGUGCGCAAAGUCAUCAACAACAAAAGGGCAUUGAAGGAUGAUGCCCCAUCCCUUAAUAUCAGUGGUUCAGAAGCAGAAGAAGAUACGGAAGCCAAAGUUGACGGAGAGAAAGACCCAGAUUUUAGCCAGUUGGAAAAUGGUGCCAAGCGGAAAAAGAUGGACAGCAGUGGUAUUGGUUCUGCGGUGCAUUCAGUAGCCAGGGCACCCUCUGACAAAGGCAUCCGCAGGAGCACGCGCCAUCACAAGCUUCGAGGAGAGAAAGCCCUCAUUGUCUCUGCCAACCAAACACUCAAGGAGCUCAAAAUACAGAUCAUGCAUGCCUUUUCUGUUGCUCCAUUUGACCAAAACCUGUCCAUAGAUGGCCGCAGCCUUACUGAUGACUCUGCUACUCUGGGAAGCCUAGGGGUGAUACCAGACAGCAUCAUCUGCCUGAAGGCUGAUGAACCCUUAGCAGAUUAUUCAGCGAUAGAUGAUGUUUACCAAGUGUGUUUGCCUGAGGAGGGAUUUAAAGGCACAGGGCUCCUGGGACACUGAAAAAAAAACAUCAGAUUCUGGAUUCAUGUUCAUGUCUUGAUAAAAAUUAGAAUAUUUCCAAGAUUGGAUGAUAGGGUAAUUUCUAAGAUGGGAAUUUCGAUUUUAUGUUUUUUAUUAUUUUUCAUCAUUGUCAUUGAACUUUGACUGUAAUGCCAGUUCUACAGAUGUGUCUUUCAUUGAGUGAACAGAGAAAUUUGUUUUGCUUUUGUAAGACUAAAGUUGUUUUGCAAAGACAUGCAAUUGUCUCCUUGAGUGAUAUGUGAAAUCUGACAAUAGCAAUCCCUAUCUUUUCACUUGAAGGAAAGGGUUUUGUGGGGAAAUUACAUGUUGUCUUCUAAUUAUCUUCUUAAGGUGACACAUAUGUUCUCUCCAUCUUGAUGAGUGAGAUAUGUUGAAGCAUCCAUGAGAAACUUAAAUAAUGAAAAUGACCUUUCCUUGUAUGCCUAAGAUUCACCAGUGUAUGGAUGUGGGAGUUACAUGCACUAUGAGUAAGAACUUGAAUGGUGUUAAAAGUGUUUUUGAAACAAUUUACCUGCAAUCUUGAACAGAGUGCAGAAGUUGGUGUGUAGCUUUCUUUAUGAUCUUUCUUAUAAGCAAUAAAAUUAUUCUUCCCUAAAAAA